CCCCUAUCAACUGUGUCAAGGAAAUAGAUAGCUUCCACUAUUUCCGUCAAAUAUUUAUUUAUUUAUAUUGCUUAUUUAUUUUGUACUUUAAAAAAACAUGGUGACUACCAGAUCUCGCAUCUCCAAGACUGCGCCUGCCUCUUCAGCUGCCCCCUCACCAGCAUCGCCAGAAACGACGAAUAGCACUGCUUCUUCGGCUAGCGGGAGGGGCCGAGGAAAAGGCCGCAGCCGUGGCCGUAGCGCAGCUCGACCAAGUGCCAGGUCAAAGCCACAAGCAACGGAAAAGCCAAAAUCAAGCCUAGCACUAGCGUCCAACUCGUCGCCCGAAGAGACCCCCAGCAAGUCCGAGUCCGAGUUUGAGGUGACCGCAGUACCAUCGCCCACAAAGUCCAAGACUGCAGAGCCCGAGCCCAAGUAUCAGUCGGAUGCGUCGAUGGACGACCGGAGCGAGAAUGAAGUGGACAGUGCAUCAGACGCAGAGUCCAAUGCGUCUGGCUCUGAUGAUUCCUCAUCCUCGGAUGACUUUAUGAGCGACAAUAGCGAGGAUGUCCUUGAUAUAGCUGCCAUCAGACGCAGGAGACGGACCACCCCCUCGAGAGCCCGUGUCCCUGCCCCCACCAGAACCAAGCGCGCGGUCUCGGAGGAUAGCGCGGGGGACAAGGCAAAACGGCGCAAGCCGCAGUCAGCCGUCGAGAUGAUGCCCGUGUUCGCUGACAUGCGGCUGCUGAUUAGCCUGCAGCCCUUGGCCGACGCCACACCCAAGCGCUACGCGGUCAUGCGCGUGUCGGCGCCAAAGCGCAGGGCAAAGCUGAAGCCUGGCGAGAAGCCAAAGAAGGGCCUGCGCGAGAGACUGGAGGGCGACCUGACGGAUGACGAGUCGGACAGCACGAUGGGCGGCGAGAGCGUAGUGGUCGACCCGCGCAAGCUGCCAAUCGAUGACGUCGACUACAGCAAGUACUCGGCGCUUUUCAAAAACCACCCGCACCUGAGAACCGCUUGGAGCUCGCAGGGCCCGCCGAAGAAGCCCGAGAAGAUUGCACAACCGGAUAAUCUGAAGAUCAAGCUGUUGCCGUUCCAACAGGAGGGCGUCUGGUGGAUGUCCCAGCAAGAGUCGUCGAUGUUCCAUGGCGGCAUCCUGGCGGACGAGAUGGGGAUGGGUAAGACGCUACAGACCAUUGCGCUGCUUCUGGUCAAUCGCGGCAAGCCCACGAUGGUCAUUUGCCCGACCGUUGCCCUGCUACAGUGGAAGUCUGAGAUUGAGGCAGCCACGGAUGCGCUAGCAGUGUUUAUCUAUUACGGUGACGAGCGCAAGAAGCUUCUCGACAAAAAUGGCGCAAUCAACCAAUCCGAGCUGGCCAAGUACGACGUCGUUCUGACGACCUAUGCUGUCAUGGAGACAGGGUUUAGGCGCGAACGUACGGGAUUUAGACUGAAGGGCCAGCUGUACAAGGAAAAGGCACCGCUGCACUCAAUCAAGUGGUUUCGCAUCGUCCUCGACGAGGCGCACAACAUUAAGGACCGGUCAAGCAACUCGGCGCGCGCGGCGUUUGAGCUCAAGGCGGAGCGCACCUGGUCGCUGACAGGCACGCCGCUGCACAAUCGUGUUGGCGAGCUCUACUCGCUGAUUCGCCUGACCAAAACAGACCCCUUCAGCAUGUACUUUUGCCACAUCUGCGACUGCAAGUCCUUGCACUGGAACUUUGCCAACAACAGCAAGCACUGCAGCUCUUGCGGCCACAUGUACACAACUCACUUCUGCUACUGGAACAUGCACAUUCUCAAGCCAAUCCAACAGUACAGCGUAAGCAGCGACGAGAGCAAAAUGGGCUUUAAGAAGCUUGGCCGCCUGCUGGACAAUAUCAUGCUGCGGCGCACCAAAAUCGAGCGCGCCGAGGACAUGGGCUUGCCGCCGCGUAUCGUCGUGACACGUCGUGACAAGUUCAAUCCCGAAGAGGAGGACUUUUAUGUGUCGCUGUUUGCCAACUAUCAGCGCGAGUUCACGACGUACGCGCAGCAUGGCACAGUGCUCAACAAUUACGCCAAUAUCUUUGAGCUCAUCACGCGUAUGCGUCUGGCUGCCAACCACCCGGAUCUGCUGCGCCUAAAGGUUGAUCCCAGCGCCAAGGUAGGCGCCGACGCGACUGAUACGCUGGUGUGUUCAAUCUGCAAUGAGGAGGCCGAAGAUCCCAUUGUGUCGCGCUGCAAGCAUGUAUUUUGCCGCGUCGAUGCCGAGAUGUACGUGAAUAGUGUCGACGACGAUACCGUGCAGUUGCGCUGCCCCAUGUGCUAUGCGCUCUUUGACAUUGACCUGACUCAGCCCGAGAUGACACAGGUGCGCCGCAAGGCACGCGGCACCGGUGGCGCUACCGCAGGUGACGGCACCACGUUGAUGGAAACCAUGAUGAGCACGCCGAGCACCAUUGAGUACCGCCGGUCCAUUGUCAACCGCAUCGACAUGAAGCGCUGGAAGUCAUCGACCAAGAUCGAAGCCCUGGUCGAGGAGCUCUCCAAGCACCGACAGGCGAACGCCAACAUCAAGAGCAUUGUGUUUUCGCAGUUUGUCAAUUUCCUUGAUCUCAUCCAGUGGCGCCUCAACCGCGCUGGUUUUAGCGUAUGCCGUCUCGACGGCAGGAUGUCACCAAGCCAACGCGCCUCCGUGAUUAAUACAUUCAUGACGCACCCCGAGUACACUGUGUUUUUGGUCAGUCUGAAGGCCGGCGGCGUGGCGCUCAAUCUCACAGAGGCUAGCAACGUCUACUUGGCCGAUUGCUGGUGGAACCCGAGCGUCGAGGUGCAGGCCAUGGACCGCAUCCACCGGAUGGGACAGUAUCGCCCGAUCAAAGUCACUCGCAUUAUCAUCGAGAACUCGAUCGAGUCGCGCAUCGUUGCGCUGCAAGUGAAGAAGCAGCUACUGGUCAAUUCGACCAUUGGCCGCGACAAAAAGUCGCUGGAUAAUCUUUCCGCCCAGGAUAUGCAGUUCCUGUUCUCCUCAUGAUCGUGUUUCAUCGUGCUUUUCUUGCUUUGCUUUUCUGUCAAUAUUAUAAUUUUUAAUUAAAGAAUAUAAGGAA